CGGUAGAUGCAGCUAGCUAGCAACACAAAACAGCUUUGAACGCUUUAUGUAGUAGCUAGAUAGUUUACUGAACACAUUCCAGCGUAUCAAUUAAGUAUUGUAAGAUAUAGAAUGCUUGUGUGUGGUUGUGGUAUGUUCCACCCUCCCUUUAUUCAAAGUCAGCUACAGCUAACGUUAGCUAGCCAACGAGGCUACUAGUUGACAUUAGCUAGAUAUCCAACGUCGAUUUCCAUAACUGGUUUACUCCUUGGUGAAUUACUCAACCCUGCAUGUUGUUAUGAUGUCUUCCCGUCAAAUACCAUGACAAACAAAAGCUAGCUAGGAGACCUGAGAUACGCACGAACUAGCUACUAAUGUUAGGGGGCGUAGUCGCUGUGUUAGCUCUUGUCCAUCGCACGACGAAGAGAUGCCCCUGCUUUGUCGUUUUCCAUAUCCUUUCAUCGUAACUCAUCAAAAUAAACAGAUUGUCGCUACACCAUUUUAGUCUGGUAUUGGUCACACCAUGGCAAAAGUUGAAGCUGUCAUCAAUCCCCACACAUUUGUUGAGUUAUCUGAGCUGAGCAGUAUCCCAACCAGCUCCCGCAACCUGUGAGUCUGCAACUCCAGGUGGAAGGACUGCCAUCACCCUUGAACCUCACUGAUACGGAAAGUGGUGGUGUUGCAGCUCUACCAGGCUAAGGCUCUUGGCUCCUUGACUGUGUGAAAGUUGUUUUUUUCAUGUGGUAUCAGACCCAGGCCCUUGAGAGCAAUGUGUGAGCAAGAGGACCACAGAGACGGUGGCCGUAACAAGCUGUCCAACAGUGACGCCAUCAAGCUGACAGAUGACCUCUCUCUGAGUGACUCUGACCCUGAAGAGCGUAAUGAGUCCAUAGACCCAAAGGUGGAAGACUUGUCCUCAUCUGAUGAUGAAGAGCACCAGAACUCUUGCCCUGGUCCCGGUCCCAAGAAACCUGCAUUCAGUCUGACAGGUGGCAGCUCAAGCUUCUCCAACCGCAGCCGAAGCAUCUUUGAUUGCCUGGAGAGUGCCGCUAAGCUGUCCUCGUCCCAUCUGGGCCAGGACAAUGUCAUUGACGGGGUCUUUGCACGUCCCCCUCCACCCCCACUGCUGCCGAGUGGAAAGAAGUUUGGGGAGAAGGUGGGGGAAUUGGUCAGCAAGCCUCCUCAGAAGAGAGGCGUGCCAGAUUACCUGGUGAAUCCUGAGCGCUGGACGCGUUAUGACCUGGAGGAUGUGCCAGAGACCAGUGACAGCAAGAAAAGCAUGGAGGCUCAGCAGUACAUACAAAGCCUGCAGCAGAAGGAGAAGGAGAACACGAUGGAAGAUGAUCCUGAAGAGCCUUUUACACCUACUUUCAACCAGGGCCAGAGCAAUAGCUCAGAGCAUAAGAUCGUGUUCUCCAGGCCUAGCCGGCCACAGAAAGAUGAAUCUGCAGAAGUUAACAAGCCUGAUCGAACUAAGAAGGCAGGGAUGGGUCUCUGUCACUUAGAUGAUGAAGAAGAGGAGGGUAUAGGCCUAGCAAUCGCCCCCCAACGCCCAAAGGAUAGUGAGCGGAAGAGGAAGUGGACCCCGGUGGGUGACGCAGAGGGUGUGCUGAAUGAUCGGAAGGAUCAGCCGCCUAUUGGCUUCGUCAUUAGUAGGAACGUCAAAAGGAAGAACUUUCGGAAGACUUCAGAGAAGGAGGAGGACUGAGAGUACACAUGCAUGACCUCAAUCAAUUGAAAUAAUUGAGGACCCUAAAUAUGAACAGUAUUUUAGUGCUUCCCUGUAGAACCUCAACCAGUGGAGUUUUUUUCCUAAUCAAGGGAAUGGUUUCAUCUUCUUGACUUUAUCAGAAUCAAUGUAAAAUGUGUAUUUUGAACAUUAACUUCAGACAAUGAAAGCACUUGUCAGUAAUGCUAAUGUAUAUGGCUGUUUUGAAGUCCAAAGAAUAUUGAAUUCAGCUGUCAAGUAUACUGGUGGAAGUGUAAUGUAAACAAUUGUAUUUGUAGUAGAUCCUUGUAAGUGCCAUUAUUUUUCCUAUUGCUAUAACUAUUAUUGAUUUAUUGGCGCAGUAAAGUCUUCCCACAACUAAA